UUGAGCACGUAAAGGAUCACAGGGGAUCCAAUGGUGGAGCAAAAGAUAUGGCUCGAAUGCGCUUCUCCUCCGGAAAAAUGUUGUUCAACAAUCGUUAUGAACUCGCGUCUGCGAGCACUAGGUGGAAGAAUAAAUAACAGCCGAGUGUCAGAACUACCAAAAGAACGAACACGAUCUGAGAUGGUCUGCAGCGUUCGCUUUUUGGAUAGCUCAGUGCAAAACUUCAAAGUUAGCAAACAAGAUAUCGGCCAGGUCUUGUUGGAUUUGACCUAUGACCACUUAGGUGUAACGGAGAAGGAAUAUUUUGGUCUACUGCACUUUGAAGAGUCAGCAGAUUCACCAAGAUGGCUUGAAUCCAAUAAACCUGUUCGAAAACAGCUAAAAGGAAGCUUCCCCUGCAGCCUGCAUUUUCGAGUGAGGUUUUUUAUACCUGAUCCCAACUCACUACAACAAGAGCAAACCAGGCAUUUAUUCUUCUUGCAACUGAAGGCUGACAUUUUGGAAGGAAGGUUGUUGUGUCCUGUUAAUUCAGCCGUUGUCCUGGCAUCUUAUGCAGUUCAGUCACAACUUGGAGACUACAAUUCUUUCAUCCAUCUCCCGGGAUAUCUCUCAGACUGCCGUUUCAUACCAGAGCAAAAUAAAGAUUAUCUAACCAAAGUAGAAGCAUUACAUGAGCAACACAGUGGCCUCAAAAAAUCGGAAGCAGAGUCCUGCUAUAUCAACAUAGCAAGAACGCUUGAAUUCUAUGGAGUAGAAUUGCACAGUGGUAGAGAUCUCCAUAAUCUGGAUCUAAUGAUCGGAAUUGCUUCAGGUGGUAUCGCUGUAUAUAGAAAACUUAUUUGCACAAGCUUCUAUCCAUGGGUGAACAUAGUGAAAAUUUCUUUCAAACGAAAGAAAUUCUUUAUUCAACUGCGACAAAAACACAGGGAUUCCAGGGAACACAUAAUUGCCUUCAAUAUGCUGAAUUACCGAGCGUGCAAAAAUCUCUGGAAAUCUUGUGUCGAGCUUCACACGUUUUUCCAAGCAAAGAAGAUGCUACCUCAUGAAAAGAAGCUCCUCUCUCAUUAUUGGAUGACAAGUUCUCGACCCCCAACAAAAUCUUCUAACAAUCAGUACUGCAAAAAAGUAAUCGGUGGCAUGAUCUGGAAUCCAGCGAUGAGGAGAUCUUUGUCUGUUGACCAGCUAGAGACCAAAAGUCUUCCUUCUCGGUCUCCUCCAGUUACUCCCAACUGGCGAAGUCCUAGGCUACGUCAUGAGUUACGUAAACCACGACACUCAUCUGUAGAUAACCUUGCAAAUGAAAUUUCUUAUAUAACAGAAACUGAAGAUGUUUUUUACACCUAUAAGGUCUCUCCAGCUUCUAAAGACAGUGAUUCAGAGGUGUCCCAGAGUCGAAGUCCAUGGAGAAGCAGAUCAUCAGAACAAGAAUCGCCAGUGAAAGUUGUGGAAAAGAAUUCAACACAGAAUUCCUUGCCCCAGACUCACAAUGGAACUGGGAACUUUUCUGGCUCUCAUCUUUUGGAAGGAAAAGACAAGCCAUUUUCAGAAACAAAUGAAAAUGUUACAAAAGGAAUUUCAGUGGAGGAUUCCAAUCAGUACUACUGUGAUAAGAACGACAGUAUUGAUGGAGACUUGUGUUUGAUACACAUCCUGCCAGACGAAGAUGGGAAGUUUGGAUUUAAUUUGAAGGUAAAAGUUUUCUUUCAGCAACUUUAUAGAAAGAAGCCAGGGUUAGCUGUUACCUAUGCAAAACUACCUCAAAACAUGGACAAAAAUCGGUACAAAGAUGUUUUACCUUACGAUAAUACCCGAGUAAUAUUAAAAGGAAAUGAAGAUUAUAUAAAUGCAAAUUAUGUAAAUAUGGAAAUCCCUCCUGCUGGCCUUGUGAAUAAAUAUAUUGCCACUCAAGGUCCUCUCGUGCACACCUGUGCCCACUUCUGGCAGGCGGUUUGGGAUCACAGGUUAUCGCUGAUUAUCAUGUUAACAACCCUCACAGAAAGAGGAAGGACCAAAUGCCAUCAUUAUUGGCCUGAUCCUCCAGAAGUCAUGGAAUAUGGCAACUUCCGUGUCAGGUGUCGCUCUGAAGACUGUACCAUUGCCUACGUGUUUAGAGAAAUGGUUGUUACAAAUAUUGAAACUGAGGAAGAACAUACAGUCACUCAUCUCCAGUAUGUGGCUUGGCCUGAUCAUGGAGUUCCGGAUGAUUCCACAGAUUUUUUGGAAUUUGUGACCUACGUGAGAUCAAAGAGAAUGGACAAUGAGCCAGUUCUUGUUCAUUGCAGGCCUUUGUCCUGGGGAGACCUGCAUGGCGCCAUCUUGUCCCCCAUCCUUUUCAACAUGUACAUCAAGCUGCUGGGUGAGGUCAUCUGA